AUUCAUUGUGUGACGUCAUAAUUAUAGCGAUAGCAACACUAACAACCAAACGAUAAUCGGAAUACACUCUCCCGGAUUCCCAUCUUCCCAAAACCCUAACCAUUUUUUCAGUUCUUUUCAUUUGACACUGUGAGAAGAGAAACUGCUUCAAAAUGGGGAAGAAAAACAAAAAGGAGACAGAGGCACCACCCAAAGAUACUUUUGACGCUCUGUCUGUUGAGAGCAAGAAGGCAGCCACUGUGGUUCUCAUGCUCGACAGCACAGAAGACGACAUCCUCAUCAAAUCAUGCGAGGCUCUCUACAAAUUUGCAGAGAAGUGUGAUGAGAAUAAGGCCCUCUUGAUGGAAAUGGGUGCCGCCCCGCCUCUCCUGAAACUCAUCACCUCGGAGGAGAAGACUGUCCGUCGGAAUGCCACCAUGACACUAGGAGUCAUGUCAGCACAUCCUGAAGUUCGGAGAGUGCUCAGGAAAAGUGAUUGCAUUGGGAAUGUCAUCAAGCUUCUCUCACCAGACGAGGAGACUCUCGUCCAUGAAUUUGCCAGUCUGUGUAUAGCUAGCAUGGCCCAGGAGUUCACUAGUAAAGUUCAGAUCAUUGAGCAGGAUGGCCUGGAGCCUCUCAUCAUGCUGCUAGCAGUCACUGAUCCUGACGUACAGAAGAAUGCUGUGGAGGCAGUCUGCUUGCUGCUGCAGGACUAUCAGACUAGAACGGCCAUCAGAGAGUUGCAUGGUCUGGAGUCCUUGUUGGACUUAUUGAAGUCUGACUACCCCAGCAUUCAGGAGAUGGCCCUGCGCUGCCUGACGCUGUGUACGCAGGACGUAGAGAACAGAGAAGCAUUGAGGGAGGUGGAAGGCCUGGAGAGACUGGUGGAGUUUGUAAGCACAAAGGAGUGGGAGGAUCUCCACGUCCACGCCCUUCUGGUUCUGUCUAAUUGUCUUGAGGAUGUAGAGACCAUGGAACUCAUACAGACCACUGGGGGACUACAGAAACUCCUGGCAUUCGCUGUGGAGUCACCGGUGCCUGAAGCUCAGAUGCAUGCCGCUAAGGCUAUCGCACGGGCAGCAAGAAACGGUGAAAACUGCAAGAUCUUCCAUGAGCAGGAGGGAGAGAAGACGUUGAUCUCGUUGCUAGAGACGUCGGAUAACGCUCAAGUCAUGGGAGCUGCUGCCCAGGCACUCGGGAUCAUGGCACAGAGUCCUAUCUGCAGAGUAACCAUCGCGGAAUAUGAUGGCAUUGCGCCCCUCAUCAAACUCCUGGACAACAAAAAUGGAGAAGUCGUCCAGAAUGCCUCGCUAGCCCUCGCUAACCUGACCACCUCUCAGAUGGCUAACUGUGUGGAGAUAGCCGACCAUAACGGUAUCGAGCCGCUGAUUGGUUUACUGACUAACUCACAUGAGGGCGCUCAGGCCAACGCGGCCGUCGUACUGACCAAUAUGGCUACAGAUGAAAUCCUACGAGUGGAUAUCCAGAAAAGGGGUGUGGUUGGGGCUCUCAUUACGCCCCUUUUGUCAACUAACACCUCAGUACAGAGCAAAGCAGCCCUGGCUAUUGCAGCAUUCGUAUGCGAUGCCGACUCCCGUAAUCAGCUGCGUGGCCUAGGUGGCCUAUCUCCAUUACUGAAGCUCCUACAAUCAGGUAAUGAUGAAGUCCGACGCAGUGCAUCAUGGGCCAUCAUGGUGUGUGCUACAGACCCUCUCGUCGCUACAGAGUUAUGCAAACUGGGCGGACUUGAUAUCCUGAAGGAAAUCAAGUUGUCCAGUACAAGACAGAGCAGUUUCAGUGAUGCUGCCUUGGAACGUUUGCUAGACAGCACUCUGCCUGCUAAGUAUGCUCUGAUGGGGGUACUGGGUCCUAAUGACAUCAUUCAAGAUGGAUUCUAUGAUGCAGGCCGGGUACGCACAGAGGGCAAGUUCCUGACUCUAGAAGAGUUGAGCAAACAGGAAGUGGACCAGAAGAGACCAGUCAUCCUGAUUAACUGUGUAUCAGCUGAUGCCAGCCCACCCAGAUCCCCAGCACCACCAACGAACCCAUCAGAACUAGAUGUGAAGACAGACACCUCAAGAACUAACGUAGCUAGCAAGUCCUCCAAGUCAGCAAUGAGAGGGGGCAGACGGGAAACCAAGAAGGAGAAAGAGGAACGAGAGUUACGUGAGCGUAUGGAAGCAGAACGUCUGGCUGAGCAGGAAGCCAUCUUAGCUCAGCAACCACCGACCUUUGAACCCCAAGCUGACCCUAAACUAGAAGAGUACAUCACAGAGAUGCUGAUCAAUGCCGCGGGAUUGCCCACCACUAGGGAACAGCUGGAUGUGGUGGCUCAAUUUGUGAGUGACAAGAUGGGUGGUUCCAUUGAGCGAGGUCAGCUAUCCAGCUUCAGCUAUGAGUUGUCAAUCAGUCAGCUCAAGUAUGAACUCAAGAGUAACAUCCUUCCCAUCGGUAGAAUAGACAAGGGUAUCCACUACCACAGGGCUCUGCUAUUCAAGACUCUGUGUGAUCGUAUUGGUGUGGCCUGCUCUCUCGUGCGAGGCGACUACAACAGAGCUUGGAAUGAAGUCGUGCUGAUAGAUGAAGAUGAUAACCAAGUCAAACCCAAGUUUCCUCCCAAGUCCUACAUCGUUGAUUUGAUGCACCAUCCUGGCCGACUCAUGAGAACGGACAGCAUUGAUGCUGCCAACUACCAGAAGAUUUAAUGUCGUCGGAUCCGUUCAACAGAAGGCGAAUAUAUGGAGAACCGGUAGGAAACUUUUAAGGAUUUCGUAGAAAGUAAGGGUUGUGAGGAGAAUUUGCAAGAAAUAGGGUACAAGAAAAAUGACAACGCUGAAAAUAUGGUCAAUAUUGUGCAUUCUAAGGGUAUUUUCAUUUUACUGAGGGGGGGGGGGGGCAACUACUCAAUUUCUUAAUAUUCUUUAUCUUUGUAUGCAGAGUAUGUACAUUCCUAAUUGUAGUUGUACAAAUGUAGAAGGAAGUGCAUUGUAUUUUAUGGUCGUUGCUUUAGGCGUUGAGUUUUUCUGACUGCCACAUGUGAGUUUGAAGCAUACUGUUUAAUCAAGAGAAAUAUUCAAUUUCAAUACUUGUACAAACUUACACUAUGAGAGCACUGAAAGUCACGCAUGGAUGGAGUUUCUGUAAUGGUUUAAUCACAUUUAAGUUUUAUAUUUCACUCGCCUCAUGUAUAGUUACAAGUUGUACAUCACCUUUGUUUUUUUUACAACCAAAAUAUACAUGUACAAGGCUAACUACUCAAAAAUAUACAAGGCUAACUACUCAAAAAUAUACAAGGCUAACUACUCAAAAAUAUACAAGUUUAACUACUCAAGAUGCCAUUUCAGCAUAUUUCUAUAAAAUGAUAGCAUCUGUCAAGCUGUUUAUAAGUCAAUUGUAAAAAACUAAUAUCAUGAUAGGAAAAGUAGUUGCAUAGAUUUCAAUGUUUUUCUAAAGUUCUGUAAAAACUGUACAUGCCAUAUUGAUAUUACACAUGUUAAUUAGUGAACCUUUAUGUACAUUUUUGGAUACAAUUUCACUGUUUUUCGAUAUAACGUUUGAGGUAGAAUUUAAAGGCAUGCCUUUCUGCAGCUGACUUCACAAAACUUCCCAAUGGCAUAACUCCGCUUGCGCAUAAUUUAUUGCAUAAGUUGCGCAAAAUUUGACACUGCACAACAUUUUAUGACACUUUUCAUGGUGAGUAAGACUGCGACUUGCGGGAUAAGUUAUGGCGUAGCUUGGGUAAUCAUUUAAGGUGCUGUAAGUUGUGGUGUAGCAAAUGAAAACUAACAGUUUUGCUAGCAAAUCAUGCUUGUCUUGCAGCCUGUCAUUGCACAACUUAUCAAGGUUGAUAGAAGACACUCACAGCUGUGUGUUUGAAGUAAACAAAUUGUUAUUUUACUUGUGACAGAAUUUCAGAGUUAAAGCAAGAAUCUGAAGAAAGUCAGGCAAAACUGAACCAAUCAAAGACAAACGGUUGUCAAAAAUGAUGUCAUUAUCCUCAUAAAAAAAAUGUGCAGAUUAUUUAAAAGUUUGCGCAGAUGCUCAAUAUUUCAUUAAAAUCCAUCGCAACAAAUUGUGCGCAAGUCGUAAGUUACGCACUGUAUCGUGACGUCAGCUGCUGGUAUUAAUAAGUUCAUAUAUCACAAAAAAAUGUUAAUAUGUCAUUUCCGUCCAGGUUUUCAGGUACUAAUGUUAAAGAGUGGUACUUUUGGAAGCAACAAACUAUUUUUUCUAUGUUUAAUCGACCACAGGCCUUGAUUUCAAAUGUUACUGUUAAGAUUAUGUGUGUAUUAAGUUUCAUGAACACUUGCAAGUUGGUCAGAGAAAUGCAUCAAAAUAUAAAAUUAUAUCUUCAUAUAAUUUAUUAAAACUUGCAGUACACAAAAAAUUAUGUAAACUAAACUACAAAAA